AUGGGCGUCAGGCAGGUGACCGGCUCCCACGUGCUGCGGAUCGACGGAUUCACGCAACUCAGCAAGACGGUGGCGAAUAACACUGAGAUGAGAUCAGGCACGUUCAACGUCGGCGGCCACGACUGGUGUCUUGCAUGCUAUCCAAACGGUUGCUCCGAUCUGUACAAGGGCUACAUCUCCAUCUUCCUCCAGCAGGCGAGCCACGAAAAGACCGGCGCCGCCACGGCAAAGGGCCAAUUGAGCAUACUCGACCGGGACGGGAUGCCAUCGUGCACCAAACACAUAACCGAGCGCACCUUCAAGGGGCCUCCCUUCGGCUGGGGCGAAAUAGACUUCGUGAAACACCAGGAUCUGGACAAGGACAAGCAUCUCCACGACGGUUGCCUCACCGUCCUUUGUGACGUCACCGUCACGGAGCACUACACGCACGACCAUGUCGAGGUUGCCGCGUCAGCAGCGCCGCCGUUCGACCUGCGCGGGCAACUCGCAGAAGCCAUGUGGAAUAUCAAGAAAGUAGAUGUCCAGAUCGAGACGGAUCUGUUGCUCGCCUCGACCGCCAACGUGACCGCCAAGCUACGCAUCGAUGACAUGGACGCCGAGGUGUUCAAGGCUCUGCUCCGGUUCAUGUACACGGACUCGCCUCCGGAGACGAGCCAGCUCCAGGAGGCGGCCAUGGCGGAGAAGAUUCUUGUCUCCGCGGACAGGUAUAAGCUGGACAGGCUGAAACUCGUAUGCGAGAAGGCGCUGUGUCAGCACAUCGACAUGAGCUCUCUCGCUGCCACUCUAGCGUUGGCCGAGCGGCACCGUUGCUCCGUGCUGACCGCGGCGUGCAUCAAGUUCCUCUCUUCCCCUGGUAAUCUCGAAGCGUUCAUAGCGGCGGAUGGGAUCAAACAGCUAAAGGAACGUUGCCCCUCUGCUCUGUUGGAUCUCGCGGUGAAGAACUGA